UGUUGAAAGACUAUAACGUUAAAAGUAAUCUCCGAAUUCGCAUGAAAAUAACAACUGGAAAUCAACAAUUUUUGACGCCAUGAAAGUUACCCUUCAUGUCUGAUGGCUGCUAAUUCAAUUGCGUCAAGCUCAUCCUUCAAGUCAGACAUUUACGGAUUGUCAAAUGAGGCAGUGGAUAAGAUUACUUCCUCUAGCCCUAACAUCGACAGUAUCACAGUGGAAAAUUCCGUUGACGUUACGAUUGGUAAUAGAACAUUUUUCAAUUCACCAAAUAUGCCGGAAGAUUUAAGCGUAGGAAAAACGGUUGAUGAUACCAAAACUAUGAACCAAUCAGGACCAAAUGAUCGUAAUUUUUAUCGGAAUAGACGACUCAAUUUUUGCAUUUGUACAGCUUUGGCAGUGAUAAUAGCAACAUUAGUUUUGGUUAUUUGUUUUUCGAAGUAUUUUGGAGGACCACCAAAGGAAUCAUCUACAUGUGAAGAAGUACCUUCGGAUCCAUCCUACCUUGCAUGUGGAUAUGAAUCUUCAUGUUCCGUUUGUGGUAGGCAAUAUCCAGAUAAAGAAAUUUGUCAGUCGUAUUAUGCAGCUAGCUGUGGCGAAAUACGUUGCUUCUGUAAACCUUAUUGUGCAUCACAAGAUUGCCUAUCUAGCGACGCUAGACGUUCUAACAAUCAGUCAUUUGUUUUUUCAUGAUUUUUUGUCACAAUGAAGCUUUUCAAAU